AAUAGAUAUAUUUAACUGUUCACGGCUAACCUUACUUUAGUGUCGUAUUUUAUUCGAAUAGUUAUGCGACAUGCCAUAAAAUUAGCGAUUUCGUUCCUAAAUCCACGCCACUAGCUUUCUAGACCGAGAUUGUAAAUUUUGCGAAAUGCGUGAACAAACAAAAAUUAUUCAUAGUCUCAGCGAUUUCAAUCGAGGAUUACAUACUCGUCGGUAUAUUAAGCCGACAAUAUGCAGCCGAGAUUUCUUAACCGGAAUUGCUUUGGACAUGCGACCGGAAAAAGAGUGGGGUUACCAUUUGGCAAAGGCAACGGGCAUCGAUGUCAGCACAAUCGUCGAAAUCAAUCUGGAAUUUUUGAAUAUCCAAUCAACCUAUGGCCUAGGGUACCUUAGAUCUUGCCAGGUACUGAAAGUUAACAAUAACAUCAUCAGCCGGAUCAUUGGGCUGGAAGAUCUGACCGAACUGAAGAGCUUGGACCUCUCGUUCAACAACAUUGAAAAAAUUGAAGGCUUACAAGGAUGUGCAAAGCUGGAGGAGUUAAUGCUUUUUCACAACACCGUUGUCACCAUUGAAGGACUCGAAACGCUAGAAAAGCUUGCAUUGCUGAACGUGGGAUGCAACCAAAUCGGCGAUCUGCAGGCUACAUAUUCUGUCUUACGACGAAUGAACUCACUGAGAACAGUGAAUCUGGAAAGAAAUCCUGUGGCAAAGGUCAACCUUUACCGGGAGCAUAUGGUCGUUUAUGUUCCUCAUUUGAAGAUUCUGGACUGGAAAAGAAUACUGCCAAGUUUUAAAAGCCAGGCUUAUGAGCUGUUACGGGACGAUUAUCGUUCUUUUGUAACGAAAGAACGCCUGGAGGAAAAACGAAGGAAAAUAAAGUCAUUAACAGCGGAGAGAAAAGCACCAAAGUCAAUUUUCUCGGUUGAAGCAGACAACAGCUUGUACAAAUUCCUCAAUCAGCCGUCGGACGAAAUUGAAUAUUUGUUUGAACUGCUUGAUGGCGGAGAGACUGCACUUACUUCUUACAAAGAGCAAGUUAGCCAGGUUGGCCAGGGAAUAACCGACAGGGUGCUGGUCUUGGGGAAUGCGUUAACCGAGUUGGAGACCAGCUUGGACGAUCAGAUCAACCGCUAUGUUAACGGUUAUGGCACAACAGGGCGCCGGAUCAUGGAAGCACUUAUGCUGAGAAAGGGAGAUUAUUUAGCUGCGAUUAUCCAUGAAGUGGAGCAGCGAGGCAAGGAUGCUCUGAAAGGUUACUGUGCCGUUUUGGACGAUGUCAGCGUGGAUCUGACGAGGCUGCUGAUGCAGUUACAGCAACACGUUGAGCAUACCAUCUCAAGCAAAACGAAGAAGUUGGAACAUCAACUAAAUCAUGAUAUCAGCUGGUUAACGCGUGAAAUCGAUAUCCUUAAGCAGUUUGAACAGUUUCUGCAAGAGUGGGCCACAACUGCCCACAAAGACCAAAAGUUUGAAACUGUCUUACUGCCCCAAGAAGUCAAACAUCUGAAAGAAUUAUUUGAACUGAAGCACCACAAUCAGAGUACGGAUUGGUUGGAUGAGUUGAAAUCCACAGCACUAGUACAACAUUUGCAAGAACGCUUAAAGCAAAAACUUCGUCGGCUUGACCAGCUGCAAUCCAAAAUCACCGGAGAACAAACUGCUCGAUUAGAUGCCAUUAAAGAGAAAUUUUCUAAAUAUGAAAUAGAUAUUUUCCACCAGCGGAUGCGGGAGAUUGUUGAUCUGGUUGAGCAACAUAAAGCGGAAGCGUACUUGCUACGGAAGCGGAUGACGUACCGCUUGGGUCGCCACGAGGAGGAGGAACUGCACAUUCAACCAGCGGUCAAGAACUUAAUGAAACGACGGCACAAAACUACUGCAAUGAGCAUUGCCGGUUCGGGUCGACCGAGAAAGGUGGAAUUCGAAAACGAAGAGCCUUUACCGGAUUAUGUUGUAAUGAAAGACUUCAAGGAGAUUGUCGAUCAAAUCGCAAACGUUCCCGUGGAAGAACGGGAACGCCUUUUUGAGAUGAGGGUUGUGGAGAUGGACGAUAUUGCUGACUAUGUUGAUAUUAAGGAUGAGCUGGAUAAGAAUGAAUUUGCACAAAGUAUGCAAGAGGGGAUCAGUGCGGAACAAGGGGAUCCGGAUUUUGAUUUGUAGUCUGUUCUGUGCAGUUGGAAUAUUAAAAUAGUUAUAAUUUAUUAACUUCCGUUUCGUUCGUUCACAGUGCGUAGACGUGCUAACGCUAAUAUAAAAUUUGGCCAAUUGCAUGCACGUGGUUUGGUUGAACUUUUUUUAUUUCAAGAGUAACUUAACAGUAUUGUUUUAAGUACCGCUGCCAAUGUUGCCACAAAGUGCACUUCAAACUGGAAAAUAUUUAUCUACAUAUGUUUUGCUUUACUGUAUCAGCUGAUAUUGUUUUUAAACAGCAAUACGAUUUAACCCAAAUCAUACUGUAGCGAUUCAUCCACGCAAACAUGAAAUCGUUUAUGAUUGUACUCAUAGCACUAAUAAAGCAUGCAAAUAAUAAGACAGCUUCACCAAUCCACUAUAUUUGAUGAAGAAUUUCGUCCAAAAAUACUGGUUUUGCGUAAUUCUGCAAUGGGUCAUCGUGGCGCACCUCUCGUUCGACGCUGGUGACCGCUUCUACAGUUUUUAUAAUAUCCGUUUCCGGCAUGUGCAGCAGAUUAUCUGCACUGUUU